AUGUUCAUAUCCGUCCAACAACAUAUCCACAUCAUUCUCAUCCAUGAACCAAAACCCUUGUUCAUCAAUGUCAUCAUAAUCCUUCCCCAAUCCUACGUCCUCUCCGGAAGAUACAUAAAGGCCAAUCACUGCAUCAGCUGCAGCGACGAGGGUGCAGAGUUUGUGGAAGCAGAAGCCCCUGAUGUGGAGCUGGCCAGCAUUGUCGGGACAAGUGAACAACUGAACUAUCUUCUUCCACGCCGAUCUCACCAAAUGGAUGGACAAUCGGAUCCACUGCUUUCGGUUCAGAUCACAGAUCUGAAGUGCGGUGGAUUGGUGAUUGUCGUCAGCGUCUCGCACAGGAUAUUCGACACUUGUUCACUCUCCACGUUCGUUUCUGCCUGGUCCUCCACCAGUUCAGCUAGAGGCUGUCAUUGAUGCUGAAAAGCAAGCUGCAAAAGAUUUACUUCGGGAAAAGAAGAAAGACAGGGCAUUGUUAGCAUUGAAAAAAAAGAAGGUUGAAGAAGAUUUAUUAAAGCAAGUUGAUGGUUGGCUAGAGCAGCAAGUAAGUCUACUUCGGUCAGAUUCUCUUCAUCCUAUUAGAAUUUACAUGUAUUUUCUGUCGAACUAGCAAGCAAGCAAAAGGCAGUUUUUGAGAGUUUGAAGACUGGAAAUAAUGCAGUUAAAGCGAUGGAAAGUGAGAUAAGCCUUGAUGAUGUUCAAAAACUGAUGGAUGAUUCUGCCGAGG